AUGCUGCCAACGCGGUUUGCCUGUCUAGAUCGCUUGGAUGUCGUAGCCUUUGCUGCUAGUAGUGCUGUGGCUAUAUUUCUGGUGUGGGAUGUUCGGGAAACCGUGACGGCGCGCGGGUAUUUGAUUCAUGUCCUAGUCUUCGGGCCUAUAUUGGCCCCCUUCUUGACGCCCUCUCAUUCGGUAUCGGCUGAGGGUGACUGUUUGCUUGCUGUGCAGUAG